AUUGCGCAUGCGUUGUGCAACCGUUGCUGUCUAUAAACAAACACCAAUCGCGACAGGAAUUUCUUUCAACAAAUCGUUAGUUACGUUAGUCAGUGUAUACGGACUCGGACGGAGGUAAAUCAAACGAAUGAAUAAAGUAUGGCUGAUCUCAAGGAAGACAGGAUUGAUUUCAACAAGCUUGAAAAGGAAUUGAAUGCAGCCGUGGAGGCAGAUGCGUCUUACUGGAGAGAGAAUGAUGCUAAGCUGAGGGCAAUGGAACAACGUGUAGAGACAUACGACCAAUUCAGGGACAUGGUAGCAGCUGCUCACAUCAAGCCUCUUGAUAAAAAAGAUAAGAUUGGUCAGAGCAAGCGCCAGCAGCCUUGGAAUCCGUUUUCAUCAUCCAGUACAGCACCAACAGCUGCUCAAGAUACGGGAAGUCAGGUUCAAUCAAUUAUCACCAAGGUUAAGAUCCCCAAAAAUGGGCAUGAAUUUACGAAGGAAUGGAGGAACCGAAAAAAGUCUCCAGGUAGCUGCUAUUCCUACCUACUGGAUCUAGGCGGGGAAACACUUUCCAGAAUUUUCCGAUCUGAGAUAAGUUUUGGUCUUCUUGGUGAAAUCAUCACAGCACUCGAUAACGAUGCAGAAGAAGGGCAUUGUGGGAAGGUAGCAAACAUUUUGAUGUGUCUUACACGAGCAGGAAGGUUCAGCCUUUCAUUGGAUUUUCUCAAUAAAUCUGAAAAGGAAGCUCUAUCAAAGUUAAUAAAUAAGCUGGAGCAAUGGGGACAAGCUGGUGGUAAGACUCGAAAAAACAGUGAUAGGACUCCACAGAAUUGUGAUAUUGGAGAGACACCUGAGGUGCAUGAUGGAGGAUCAAAAACAGAGGAUUUGGAAAAGGAGAGUUUAACAGAUGAUGGAAAAGAAGAGACAGAAGAAGGAUCUUUCCAAGAGAAUUGUGAGCAAAUAAUGAUAUCAGCAGAGGAUGUUGAGAAGUUAAAACAUCUUUACAAUUUAUUACAAACUCUCUGAAAAAUGAUGUAAUUCUCAUGAAGUAAGACAUUCCAAGUAUAUUUAUAGCAAGUGAUGCAUGCAAUUUUGCUUUAAAUUAAAUUGUUCAAUGAUUCUUUAUUUGUUUCAAUGAAAUAUGACUUGACUCAGGCCAAGUUACCUUCCUGCCACCCAUGGCAAUUUUGGGAAAAGCGCAGUACAUCAUCAUAAUGAUUAUUAUGGUGAUGAUGAUGAUGAUGAUGAUAAUAAUAAUAGUGAUAAGAAUCAUAAUAAUCAUAAUUAUAAUUGUAUCCAAAUCAGAUGGGUAUAACAUAUGUAAAUCAUUUUAUAAUGUUCUCAAAAAUAUUGAAUAAGGCUGUAUUCCCAUGCACAGCAGAGCAGUAUUUUUUUAAUUACUAAUAUAUGAUUUUGCCCCAAGAAUAUAAAACAUGGGUUUUCGAACUGUUUACAGGUGAAGUUGCAUAAGUUAACCUUCCAUAAGUCAAAUAGACCAGAUUGUGCAAAACUUGUUAUAUAUAUAUACCUCUUCUAAGUCAAAUUUCUCCUUAGUAGAACAGAUUUCAAAUGAUUUGACUCAGGCAAAGUCACUUCUAGUUGUAGUAUAAGUCAUUUUGAUACAAAGAAAAGAUGUCUUCAAUGCACAUUUGCAUGUGUGCAUUAGGAACAAUUUGUGACAUCAUUAGUUCAGCCUACUCAUUUGGCAUACAAGCUAGCACACGGGUGGCAGCAGUUUUCUUAAAUAGGGGUAUUAUAGAGUUUGGUAUCAUUUUGCCAUCAUAUUCUUUGUUCAAAUUAAAUUAAAUUCAGUUGCCUUAUAUUCAAUUUAAUCCAGUUAAAUAGAAUUCUAAUUGCAAUUGCAUCUUGGCACUUCCAGGGAAUGAUUUUUCUUGUGUCACAUCGCAAUUAGCUCUAAAUUUGUUUAAAGACUGCUAAACAAAAAGUGUUUUUUGUAGCAGAUUUGGUUUUUUUACACAGGACUUUACAGAACAUAGUUGAGAGCUUUUCUUAUGACCCAAAAUGAUCAAAAUCAUUUCCUGACUUAAUUAUUGACUUGUAUGAGAAAUUAAUUUGAUACAAGUAAUACAUGUAUGUUCCUUUUUGGGAUUAAAUGCAAUGCCAUACAUGUGAGGUGGUAACACAGUAUGUACAACUAACUAGAAUAUGCAAUUAUGUGAAAUCUGCAGUUUAGUCCAUGAAAAUUUGGCUGCUUUAAUAUGGUGCACAAUUCCCUCAAUUUUUAAAAUCAGAUUAAUAUUUGCAUACAAAUACAAUUAAAAAAUUAUUUAUAGAUCUAUCAUCUAAGGUAAAGCUUUGGUUAAAUUUCAAAUGUGUCUGCAAUGCAGUUUUGAACUUUUGUUGUUACAUUUUUGUAUUCAAUUUUCAUUGAAUGAUUCUUUAUUAGAAUUUGUAUUUGUUUAUAAUCAGAUCUAACACAUUCAAUGUUUUCCUUUUUUAAUAGGAGUUCUUAUGGACAUUUAUAAAAAAGUUGAGUGAUUGCUUACACACAAAGAAGUAUCCAUUCAGAUUUUUCAAAUAAAAAAAAUCUCAGGGACUUUGCUUUCUCAAUUUAUUCAAUUCAGUUGUAGAUUUUACCCAUAGAUAUCAGAUAUAUAUCACAUAUUUUGCACAAUGUGUUUUAUGAUACUUUCUUUUUUCAUUUUAUGAAAACGAAGUUAAACUUUUGAAUUAACAUUUAGAUCCACUAAAAUUUAGUACAGGCUUAAAUUGGAAUAACAUAGAAUCACCAAGCAACAGGGUUGUAAUAAAAAAACUUUUUUUCUAAUAAAAAGACGUUUUUUAUUAAAAAAUGAAAAAAAAAAAUAAAUAAAUAAAUAAAAAAUAAAUAGAUUUAAAACGCUUUUUUUUCCAACGAAUUUGCAAUUUUCCAUGAAUCAAUUAAACUAUACAGUCUUAUUCUAAUAUGUUCUUUGUUUUAUAUACAUUUUUGGAGUAAGUAAGAGAUGACUACAAUAUUUGUUGCUGAAUUUCCAACAGAAAAGUUCAUAUUUCCCCUAUCCCCCCUAAUUACUAAAUCAUGUAAAUUGAAUGCCUAAAAAAAACACCACUAUUUAAAGUACCGGUAAGUUGACAUUUUAUAGGUUGUUUAUUCCUCAUACAUGUACAUAUACAUUUAGUCCCGGGGUAUUUUGAGUCUUGUCAGUCUGGGGGGGGGGGGGUGCAAGAAUAAUUUGCACUUAAUGGAAAAUUGGCAUGCAGGUUGUCUGGGACAUAAUCUACUAAACUGUAUAGUAAUUUAUUUCAUGCAAAUUGCUAUUAAAAGAUUAUGCUAAUUCAUGCAUAAUUAGUAUGCAAAAUCAUACUUUUUCCUUCAACUCCCUAAAUAAAGCUCUAAAUGUUUUAAUUUUUGGUAUAAAAACUCUUUGUGGUGUUCUUAGCAAAAGUAUACAUGAAAAAAAUUGCCAUAUCAGAUCAAUUUCUUGUGUAUUUAUAUUGUUCUUUGCAAUUUCUUAUGUAUUUCUAUGUUUUUUUAACCUUUUGUUUUUCAUUGUUUUUUCAAUGAAAUAUGUUGGGUACUCUUCUGAGAUCAUAAACAGGAUAAAAUAGAUACAUUUAGACCAGCAAAACUAAAAAUAAUCAUACAUUUAUGAUUUUUGGUUGAAAACACAAUUUUCAUUGACUUUGUACACGAAAUCACGUCUUUUAGCAAUUUUUGGUCUGACAUGCACUUACAUAAUGUUGAGUACUUUCUGAACCGUGUACCGUGAAGAUGCAAAACUGGUCUCAAAAGUUGUGCAAAACUUGAAAGUGAAAAAAGCCAGCGAGUGGCCAGUCAAAAAAAUUCGCUCGGUGAAAAUAUUGCGCGAAUUGUUGAGGGGGGGGGGGCCUGGAUAGUGUUGAACUGCUUAUUUUUUAAUUGAAGAAUUUUGAUCAAAUGCAUAUUAGGAAAAAAAACAGUAUUAAAUGUUUUUUGAAGUUUUUUUAAAUAUUUCUUCUGUACAUUUUUUGAAUGGAAAUUAUUGGCAAUAAUUUUCAAAUCAUUAAUUUUUUUUUUUAAUUAUGAAAUAGAUACAAAUUUUGGCGAGAAUUCACAAUCCCAUGCAUGUAUCCCAAAAUAGUCUUGAACGAUAUGGUGUGGCCCUGUCGUGUUUAUGGAUUUAUCAUAGAAAUUUUUGAGGGGAUCAUUAGGGUCACCUGGGAUUGUUAGGGUUAAGGUUUGCAAGCUGAUUAUCUUAUUCUGUUUAAAGAACUUUUGUUCAUCAUUACGAAGUGCAAAGUUUCACCUGCUUUCGUGUGUACCUCAAUCAUGAGUACAAUGUCAGUUUUUAUUUAAUAUAACGAUGCUUGUGCAACACUUCCAUUUCAUUCAA